AUGCGCUUCAGAUGUGUAUGCAAGUCUUGGUCUUCUCUCACCCGCGACCCUUCCUUUGUCAGCGCCCAUCAAAACUUGGGAUGCAACAGGAACACUCACCUCCUCCUCACUGCCUGGGACAAACCCACAACGCAGCAACACUUCUUUCUCCUUGGAAAUCAACCAACAAGGAAGUUUAAUACCCGUCCAUCUUCUAAGCCUUCCAACGCCGCGAACCAAGAAUGA